GAAAGUGAAGUAAAAGGCACUGUGUUAUUGUCGUGUCAGUUUUAUUAAGCCUGAAUCACAAUGGCAUACCCAGGGAAGGACACACGAAACCCACAUUAAUGCAAAUUAAUUCGUUAUGAGUUGCAGAGCUGUGACUGCUAAGUGGAGUAAUGAUGGGGGCAUCAUUUAAAGAGCGUUCGUGAAGCUAGCAACUUUCCGUGAAAAUGCUGUGUGAGGAACAUGGCUCAGCACGUGAGCCUGGGUGCUUUGGCGGGCUAGAAAUGGGUUUUGUUCAGAAGCAGGAAAGUUGAUUCACUUUAUAUCUUCCCCCCUCCAGCCCCCAAGCAGUUUAAGAACUUUGUUUUAAUGUGUAAAGAAAAUCAGCUAGUUUUUCCUCAAAAAUCAACCCAGAAAUGCCGAUCACCAUCCCCAAAGUUCAACUUCAACAUUUCUUUUUUAUUUUCUUUUUUAAUUUUGCAAGAGGUUGCAGCACAAAGUGGGAAAAAAACGAACGUGUAGCAUCCCCCCAUAGACCUCUAGAUGUAACUUUCUUGAAGCAAUUUUUUCCCUUUUUUUUUUUUUUCUUCUUACAGGAUUUUGGUCUCAGGCAAUGUUGCAAGUCAAUACUUCUUUCCCCAAAUCUCCAUUUUCAGUCCGGGAGCACACAUUACUCUGCGUACAAAACGAUUGAACACCAGAUUGCAAUUCAGUAUCUGCAGAUGAAAUGGCCGCUGCUCGAUGUCCAGGCAGGCACGCUCCAGAGCAGACAAGCCCUCAAGGAUGCACGCUCUCCGUCGCCGGCGCACAUUGUUUGUCCCCUCCCUUGCUGCACUCAGGGCCACGACUGUCAGCACCUCUACCCCCCCUCAGACUUCACUGUCAGCACUCAAGUCUUCAGGGACAUGAGGAGGAGCCACUCCUUACAAAAGGUUGGGGAGCCCUGGUGUUUGGAGUCGAACAAAGUGCCCGUGGUGCAGCACCCUCACCAUGUCCACCCUCUCACGCCUCUUAUCACAUACAGCAACGAACACUUCACCCCGGGAAACCCGCCUCCACACUUACCAGCUGACGUAGACCCCAAAACAGGAAUCCCACGGCCUCCGCACCCUCCAGAUAUAUCUCCAUAUUACCCACUAUCUCCCGGCACCGUAGGACAAAUCCCCCAUCCGCUAGGAUGGUUAGUACCACAGCAAGGCCAGCCAGUGUACCCAAUCACGACAGGAGGAUUCCGCCACCCCUACCCCACAGCUCUGACUGUCAACGCUUCCAUGUCCAGGUUCCCUCCCCACAUGGUCCCACCACAUCACACUCUGCACACGACCGGCAUCCCCCACCCGGCCAUCGUCACGCCAACAGUCAAGCAGGAAUCCUCCCAGAGUGACGUCGGCUCGCUCCACAGCUCAAAGCAUCAGGACUCCAAAAAGGAAGAGGAAAAGAAGAAGCCCCACAUAAAGAAACCUCUCAACGCGUUCAUGUUGUAUAUGAAGGAAAUGAGAGCGAAGGUCGUCGCCGAGUGCACGUUGAAAGAGAGCGCGGCCAUCAACCAGAUCCUGGGGCGAAGGUGGCACGCGUUGUCGAGAGAGGAGCAAGCAAAAUACUACGAGCUGGCGCGGAAGGAGCGGCAGCUCCACAUGCAGCUGUACCCCGGCUGGUCCGCACGGGAUAACUAUGGGAAGAAGAAGAAGAGGAAAAGGGACAAGCAGCCCGGGGAGACCAAUGGAGAAAAAAAAAGUGCGUUCGCUACAUACAAGGUGAAGGCAGCUGCCUCAGUCCACCCUCUUCAGAUGGAAGCUUACUAGACUCGCCUCCUCCCUCCCCCAACCUGCUAGGCUCCCCUCCCCAAGACGCCAAGGCGCAGACUGAGCAGACGCAGCCUCUCUCGCUGUCCCUGAAGCCCGACCCCCUGGCCCACCUGUCCAUGAUGCCUCCGCCGCCCGCCCUCCUGCUUGCCGAGGCCGCCCAUGGCAAGGCCCCUGCCCUCUGUCCCAACGGGGCCCUGGACCUGCCUCCCGCCGCUUUGCAGCCGCCCAUCCUGCCCUCGUCAUCUAUUGCACAGCCGUCGACAUCUUCCUUACAUUCCCACAGCUCUCUGGCCGGGACCCAGCCCCAGCCGCUCUCCCUGGUAACCAAGUCUUUAGAAUAGCUUUAGCUUCGUGAGCCCCGCUUGUUUUGUGUAGUGUUUCAUUUUGCUUUCCUUCAUUUCCUCCCCCCUUUUUGGAAGGUUUUGUUUUGUACUCUUAAUUUUGUGCCACGUGGCUACAUUAGUUAAUGUUUAUCGAGUUCAUUGGUCAAUAUUUGACCCAUUCUUAUUUCAGUGUCUCCUUUUAAAUAUGUAGAUGAGAGAAGAACCUCAUGAUUCUACCAAAAUUUUUAUCAACAGCUGUUUAAAGUCUUUGUAGCGUUUAAAAAUAUAUAUAUAUAUACAUAACUGUUAUGUAGUUGGGAUAGCUUAGUUUUAAAAGACUGAUUAAAAAGCAAAAAGGAAAAAAAAAAAAGAAGCAAUUUGGAAGCAGCCCUCCAGAAGGAGUUGGUUCUGUAUUAUUUGUAUUAAAUACGAGCUUGCGAACCAAUCAUUUUACAUCUGGUUUUUAAACCACCAGGGCACGACGAAUGCAGUGCCGCGAGUUUUUUUUCUUCUUCCGUGUGAAACAACUUUUAUUGUGAUGUUACUUGUUAUUGUUUAAAUGUACAGAAACAAAGGGUUAAAAUGUGUUAAUAUACCUUGUUCCAUGGUGUUGUUCUUUUGGGGGGGGAGGGGAUGCUUCUCAACACUUAAUGGCAUCACAGCGCUGUUGGACCAGUAGUAUUUAUUGCUUUAGAGAUUGCUCGUCGAACCCGUACGUCGUCCCUUUUAAAAUAUGUUUUCCUUUUUUCUUGAAACCGUGUAAAGUCUUUUUUCCCCCUUAGCAUCAGCAUCUUAUAUAUAACAACUCAUUUGUACAAGGUUUUUAAGUUUAUAUAUAAAAUGUGUAUAUAUAUUUUUUUGUUUGUUUCCAUUUUCGACUUUUUUUUUUUUCUGUAUGAAACCCAGAUGCCGCCAAAUGGACAUGAAUAGUUGCAUUAAAGGAUCAGUAGCAUUAACAAAACUUGUUUUAAAAGCCAUUAUGUGAAACAAGACUUGAAAAUUAGCGAGGGAAUUUUAGCGACGCUGUUUGAGCAACGACGGGAACGUCCCUGUGUCCUCUUUGAGCUCACAGUCGAACGCCCUGCACCCCGAGGAUGUGGACUGACUGCGGAACUUUAUGUGCCAAAAUUCUCAGAGACUUUAGCUUUCUCCCUCUUUUCGAUGCUGUAAUUUCCGUUCACCAUGUUUUGCUGUGAUGUUACAUAGGUAGAUCUGUGUGUAGUUUUAAUGUCACCUAUAACAAGAUGUGUUUGGUAGCAGAUUGUCCAGAAAAGCAUUUUAAAUGAAGAGGUAUAAACCCUUAAGGGCCAAAAUUCUGUAUAUUAGAUUACUCUUAAAGGAGAAACCAGCUACCGCUUCUAUGUACCCGUACGACAUACGAGUAGGUAGCGAACUUUAAAAAUAAACAAAACCUAGGCAUGUUGAUGUUGCAAAAUGCUGUAUAAAGCUGAAACCUGUUCAUUCACAGUGCCAUUGUAGUUGACAUGAAGCGAUUGUAAAACUGUCUCCGAUUUUUCUCUGGUUUAUUAAGAUGCUAACGAUAACAUUUUUUUGUGUGUGAAUACUUUGAAUGUUUCCUAACAGUUGUGAUGUUACUGUUCCGUUUUAUGCUCUUAUUCCAGUUUCAUUUCUAAUGGUUUGGAAGCCAUUUUUGUAAUGAAUAAAUGUUCAUGCUGUACAGUAUCUGUAGCAUGCCGUGCUGGGUUAAUAAAAGCAACUUAGUGUGUGCAGAUGAA